UCUGAGUUCUGGAAAACAGGGUGUCUCCUAAUAGUAAAAGAGAGGAGUUAAAAAGAAAGGGGUGUUCUUAACAUGGGCAUCUUGAUAAGUAUUAGCUUCUUAUAGUCUUCCUGUUACCAAGUUUAUUUAGAUUUUUUUGGCCAAUUCGGACUUUUCUUCUAGCAAAUCGUUGUUGGGUGGGGGUGUGUGUGGGGGUGGGUUUACAACUGAAAUCCAAGUUAACACCUAAUUUUUCUGAGUACAUAGAUGAGACCCCGCCCUUUUCUCACCAGCCUUGGUUUAGGCCCACCUAGCAACGCUUUCUACUCAUUCCUAUAUAAAUGGUGAACUUGCUUUCACAAAGCAUUCCAGAAAAUAAAAGGCAAGGCUUCCAUGGGUUGGAGCUACAGUAUAAAUAUUUGAAGCCUUAGUGCCAUUACUUCCUACCAUUUGGAUCUUCUGAUUUUUUUGACCUUCCAGGAAAGAUGACCGAUAAUUCACCACCAAAGGAGAAGAAGCAGGAUUCUUGUAAAAAAGCUUCUGGCUCAAUGAGAAGAAAAAGAACAGUAUUUACGAAAGAACAACUCAGUAUACUUAUUCAGUAUUUUGAAAAAAACCCCUAUCCUGGCAUAAGUGAAAGAGAAGAACUUGCCAGGCAGCUUAAUACAGAGGAGUCAAGAAUACAGGUUUGGUUUCAAAAUAGAAGAGCCAGACAACAGCAAAAGCGGGCUUUUCUGGCUUCCGUCUACUCAAGAAAACUGAAGGGAAAGGAAAAUUUGCAAACCAUGAAGCUGUCAACCGAAUUUCAGUCUUGUGUUCGUCCCAGGUCAAUGUCCCAGGAAAGCUCCACUCACUGUCCACCUUCUUGGUCCUUGCCAGAGAACUAUGGAGCACAAAAUUCCUUUUAUGUAGGAAUGAAGUCACCACUCCAAGCACAGGAGCAAGGCUGGGCAAAGAGACAGUUGCAUUCAACCCAUCACCCACUGCCUUUUCAAUGUGCACAGGAGCCCUCAUCUCAGCUGCAGCAACUUUACCCUCAACAGUCACCAGCUCUACAGCCCUACCUCCCCCAAGCCCCUAUCUCCCAGAGACAGCAACUCGCUUCUUCUCUGCCCCAGUCACCACAGGUAUGUCAAAGACAGAUACAGCCACUGCUGAAGAGUGAAGAGCAACUAGGUGGAUUUCUGACUGUCAAGCAAGAACAUCUGGAUGCUUCCCAGGAACAUUUGGGUGCCCAGCAAGGAGAUCUGGGUGCCCAGCAAGGACAUCUGGCUGCUUCCCAGGGAUGUCUGGGUGCCCAGCAAGGACAUCUGGCUGCUUCCCAGGGAUGUCUGGGUGCCCAGCAAGGACAUCUGGCUGCUUCCCAGGGACGCCUGGGUGCCCAGCAAGGACAUCUGGCUGCUUCCCAGGGACGUCUGGGUACCCAGCAAGGACACCUGGCUGCUUCCCAGGGACAUCUGGGUGCCCAGCAAGGACACCUGGCUGUUUCCCAGGGACAUCUGGGUGCCCAGCAAGGACACCUGGCUGUUUCCCAGGGACAGCUGGGUGCCCAACAAGGACACCAGCCUGCUUCCCAGGGACAUCUGGGUGCCCAGCAAGGACACCUGGCUGUUUCCCAGGGACAGCUGGGUGCCCAGCAAGGAUAUCUGACUGCUUCCCAGGGACAGCUGGGUGCCCAGAGAGGACAUCUGACUGCUUCCCAGGGACAUCUGGGUGCCCAACAAGGACAUUGGGAUACUUCCCUAGGACAUCAGGCUGCUUCUGGGGAACACUCAGAUCUCCUCCUGGGAGAUCUGCUUGAUAUCUUGGGAGGUAUGGCAGAGACACAAGAUCCUAGGCGUGUCUAGAUGCAUAGUUUGUGCUAACAGAUGAAUUUUCAAAUAAUUUAAAAAUAGGAUUCUUUACCACUAUGUAUUUUAUUGUUACCACAAUAAAAUCCUUCAUCUUCCUUAUCAGCAAUAGUAGCUAAGUGCUUACUCUGUGAAACUUAACAAUUAUGAUCUCAUUUGAUUCCCACAACAAUCCUUGGAGGUAAAAGCUAGUCCUAUCCUUUUACAGAAAAGGAAACUGAGUCAAAGGGUGGGAAAGUUACUUG